AUGGUCAGACUCAACCCGUCGGCAUGGUACCCCUACACAGAUAUUAUCAAAGUAUACUCCACGGAAGAUGAUAGUCUCGUGGUCUGGACGAAUCCACGACGUAUCCACCUGCACGAGAAGACCUCGUCGGGGGUUACCGUUUGCUGCGAAUCCUUCACUGCAGGCGGCAUCGUGGAAAACCCGGUCGGCACACUGCAUUUCCUAACUUCCGACCGGUUCGUGCCCGCAGACGUAGAGCCGCAUAUGGAUACGAACGAUAAGACCUGCGCGUGUGUUGGAUAUGUUCAGCAUACAAGCCGGACGCUUCAUUACACCCUAGUCGCUAUCAGUGAUGCCGUGGCGGACAGAGAAGCAGCUAGGCAAGCAAAGAUACUUGGCUGCGUGCCUGCAUCAAUGCAACAGAUACAAGAAUUCACAAUGCACCCUGCCAUGCUCAAGGAUCUCCACAGGAAGCAUAGCUUAACCCUCCUUGCUCGCACCCGGCACAAUCUGGCCAUCGAGGGGCACAUUACAGUCCUACCGCGCAAAGCAAUAGACCCAUCAUGUCCAGGCUCCAGGCUGAUCCUCGCGCAAUUCGAUCCUUCCCUUGGUUAUCUAGAUGAGGGCAUGUGGGUGUAUGCCAGACAACCAAGCGCUAAGAUGCUGGACAGUAAGACGAACGAGACGCUCGCGAAGCCGGCUAGUAGACCGUACCAUUCCGAGACGUUCCGUUACCGGUAUAAUUUCUCCCACUCCAACCGGCCCACCUAUACUCUCCGCAUAGUAGGACAUAUCGUGGAGGUGCGCGGCCGCGAUCCGAGUGGACGUGUGGAGGUGGCGAUCCAGUGCUCACACGAGAUAUUGACUGAGAUAUCUAUCCUGAAAGACUGGCUGGAUAAUCCGGAUGGCGGCAACCCUCCACCCACGUAUUUCGGAUGA